UUUUCAGAUGUGGAGAGCAAGUACUCGCUUGGCAGUCAACGUGCAUCAUUCGGACUCGAGUACUGACGAUCAUCUCGGCGCGCACGCUCAGCCAUUGACAUACGAACUAGGUACCCGACCGUCCGCUGAAUUGCGUAAGAAGGCUAAGGAUGCGCACACAUGCGGCUGUCAGCAUCGACGGGACCCGAAUUAUUUAGUCCAACGACUGCAAAUGACGCUUUCUCACUCCAUCCCUUCUAUGACAUUAACCUCUGUGUCCACUAUUUUGGGAUUGUUGGUCAAUUUGAUGUCUUCCAUUGUUGCCGUACAGCGUUUUGCUGUAUUCUCAGUUUUGCUAGUCCUAUGUAAUUUUAUAUUCGUUAUUCUAACAGCGCCUAUCGUGUUUCUCCUUUUCGAUUCAUUUUAUUACGAGUCUUUUACACAUCGAUUGCAUCAGUUAUCUCGCCUUUUAUCUGCAUUUAUCCUCCGCGCCUGCCUUAUUCUUCCUUGCGUGUCGAUUUUGGCCGUAUGCAUCGCAUUUUACCAUUUGUUCUUUGCACACCGUUUCCAUCUGGCUCAGACUGGUGGGAAAAUGUCUUCCUUCUUCUCUUCCACUCAUCCAUUUGAAGAGUUCGUAAAUGAACAGUCACAAUGGUUUUGGGCUGAACGAAAUCUGCACCAUUAUUCGAAUUUGUUGGAGGCUCAUUUUGUCUGGGGAUUUCUUCCCAAAGAUGGACGGUCAUUUUUGACUUUUGAUCCCGAUGUGCAUGGUCUCUAUUCGACGAAAUGGGUUCCGGACCAUAUCUUGAAUUUGACCUCACCAUCAUCUCGCCGGUGGAUAUCCGAUUUUUGUAACAACCACUUGAAACAAUUUCCCUACCUAUUUCGUCUGAGUGACGCGAUCAGCCACACAGAACUCUAUUCCCCUCUUGGAAUCAGUCACCUGAAACCUUACACAACCUCUCCCGUUUGGUGUCCCUUAGGCCGGUUCCCUAAUUCUGUUAACAACUUCGUCUUUGCUCAGGCGUGUCAGUCAAGUAGCGAACAUUGCUGUCCUUCAGGGCACCCUCUGGAUGUGCUUGAUGCUCCGGAUACGCAAUUCCGCAGCUGUCUUGGGGAAUACGUGUCCUACCACUUGCACACCUUUCCACGGGAAUAUCAUUCGGGUUACCGUUUUUCUUUUACAGGACACUCUAAUGAGCCAGUUGCUCUUAUUCUCACCGUGUUGACCAAUCUUUCAACAACCACUAGCACACACGCUGAGCUUCGUCGAUUUACAGAGAACGUGGCUUCCUGGUUUCAAGCUAGCUUGCUAAACGCCCCCGCUUCGCUGAUUGGUGGACAGGUGGUUGUCCCCGCUUUGGCUGCUUUUGAGGUCACUCUGAACGUGGUUCAGUACAUUCACUGGAGUGUUCUAUCCUCAGUUUUUUUGGCCACUCUUCUGGUGCUCCUAAGCAGUCUAAACAUGUGGCUCUCUGUUCUGGCAUUCUUGAGUUUGAGCAGCUGUUUGUUGACGACAGUUGCUACUCUCAUCACCUUCGAUCAUUGGACUUUGGGCGUCGUGGAGGGCCUAGUGAUCAGCCUGGCUGCCGGCCUAGCAAUCGAUCCAUGCAUUCACCUUGCGGUCUCAGUCUCUUCGCGAACUGCAAAGUCCAGCACUGUUUGCCGUCUAUUUACCUUCUGGUCUGAUGAUGCAGUCCUGCAGUCCGUCACUGUAUUGAGCAAUGCAGUGACGGGUUCUGCCUUCAGCACUGCAAUCGCUGGGCUGUCUAUGGUCACGUGCCGCUUGUUGUGUUACCAUCAAAUCGGAGCUUUCCUUGCAACCCUUAUGUCUUUCUCUUGGCUAUUCUGCUACCUUUUGUUCGCGGGUUGUCUGGCUUGCUGUAGCCGCCUGUUUCGAACACGCAGAUCCAACUCCUGACUUAUUUUGCAUUUGACCUACCCUAUGCUUUUCUUAUCAUGUAUAUUUUUUGCAUGCAUAUUGAUGUGCUUCAAAUGGCAUCAUAUAUUUAUUUAUAUUUCGUUUGAAGUAUAUUAGCUACAUCAAUCUUGA